AAAAGGCGGCGUGCGCUCGCUUCCCAGCGUCUCCACCGCUCGCUGGCAUCGUUGUGUCACGUCCCUCGGUUUCCCGCGCUUUUCUCUCGUCUCCUAGUGCUCUGAGCCGUAGCUGCCGCCGCGAGAACCCUGAGAGACUGCCUUUGGUUCUUUCUGGUUGAGUCGCCCAAGUUAUUAAUGGAGUCACACUCUGUGUCCGAGAAUGGGGUUGUGGCCAUCGGCGUGAAGAAUGGUGAUGCCGAGCUCUGGGCCUCUCAUAACUCCAUGAUGCUGGAGCCCCUGAGCAGCAAUGACACCGAGGUGUUUGACAUCAUCGUGCAGGAGAAGCGACGCCAGCGGCGCGGCCUGGAGCUCAUCGCCUCGGAGAACUUUGCGAGUUGUGCCGUACUGGAGGCGCUGGGUUCCUGCAUGAACAACAAGUACUCGGAGGGCUACCCGGGCUUGAGGUAUUACGGCGGCAACGAAUAUGUGGACAUGCUGGAGCGGCUGUGUCAGAAGCGAGCGCUUCAGCUGUAUGGCCUCGACCCCCAGGCCUGGGGCAUCAAUGUGCAACCCUACUCAGGCUCCCCAGCAAAUUUUGCGGUGUACACGGCGCUAGUGGAGCCGCACGGCCGCAUCAUGGGGCUGGACCUGCCGGAUGGUGGUCACCUCACGCACGGCUUCAUGACUGACAAGAAGAAGAUCUCGGCAACUUCCAUCUUCUUUGAGUCCAUGCCAUACAAGGUGGACCCGGUCACGGGGCUCAUCAACUACGAUCGCCUGCAGGAGAACGCCCGUCUCUUCCAUCCAAAACUCAUCAUAGCCGGCAUCAGCUGCUACUCGCGCAACUUGGACUACUCGCGCAUGCGCUCAAUCGCGGAUGAGAACGGCGCCAUCCUCAUGGCGGACAUGGCGCACAUCAGUGGGCUGGUGGCUGCCGGCGUGGUGCCCUCGCCUUUUCCGCACUGCCACGUCGUCACCACCACCACCCACAAGACGCUGCGCGGGUGCCGCGCCGGCCUCAUCUUCUACCGCAAGGGUGUGCGCAGUGUAGAUGCCAAGACCGGCAAGGAAACCAUGUACAAUCUCGAGAGCCUCAUCAACCAGGCGGUGUUCCCCGGACUGCAGGGCGGCCCCCACAAUCACGCCAUCGCUGGUGUAGCCGUUGCGUUGAAGCAAGCCAUGACGCCGGAGUUCAAAAUGUACCAGCAGCAGGUGGUCAAGAACUGCCAGUCGUUGGCGGCUCGCCUCAGCCACCACGGCUACAAUAUCGUCACGGGGGGCUCUGACAACCACCUGCUCCUGGUGGACCUGCGCACAGUGGACACUGAUGGUUCGCGUGCCGAGAAGGUCCUGGAGAUGGUAUCGAUUGCCUGCAACAAGAACACUUGCCCUGGCGAUAAGAGUGCCCUGCGUCCGAGUGGCCUGCGCUUGGGCUCACCGGCGCUCACAUCGCGGGGGCUCAUGGAACAGGACUUCAAAGUCAUUGCCGACUUCAUUCACCGAGGCAUCCAGUUGACUCUGGAAGUGCAGGCAGCCGCAGGCGGCAAAGCGGCCACCAUCAAGGAGUUCAAGGAGAAGUUGGCGGACACGAACUUCGUCCCCAAGCUGGCCGAUCUGCGUGACGCCGUCGAGGCGUUUGCCGAGACGUUUCCGCUGCCCGGCAUGCCCGUGCUGUGAAGCGAGCGUCGCCUUUGCCUCGCCACCUCCAACCUCUGACCCGGAGCGAAUGCCACACCUACACUCAAUCGCCUUUGCAUGUGCUUCAGGGCCCGAUGUGAGAAAUUCGAAUUAAUAUUCUGCUAAAGCGAGGAACACCUUCCUUGCACCAACAGUUUGUUUGAGUUGUAGUGAUCAGGCUGGCUUAAAAAAAAAGCCCAGGUUGGCCUUUUAUCCAGUCUCGACUAAAAAACAAUAUCUGGCUUGAUUGGCCAUGCGAUGACCACUUCUACAGGGGGACGGGUGUGUCCUGCACUGCUGCCCAGCAUGGAUUAGGGACCUUGGAACUAGUCCUCUUCCACAGGCCAUUCUCCAAUAUGGGGGUGCUGUUAAUGUAGCAGUCUUAUAAAGCUCCGAAUGGAAACUGUUUCUUUACAUUUAAUUACAUAAAUAGCACAAUUUGAAUACAAUUAUGAGAAAAAAAGUACUUUGAAGCCAAGCUGGUACAUGCACUGUAAAAAUAUUUAGGUAUAUAGGAUUUGACACUGAUUCAUGUUAUUACUCUCGAAUGAUCCAAGCCAGUCAUUAACAGUCUACGACAGUGGUUCGUGCAUGGUGUGCAAUGUUGUACUGUAAAAAAUAUCUGUCAUAACUUACCAGUCCCUGUGGAUAUGAACACCCAGCCAGCCGACUUCGUUGGCUCCCGCUGAUUACGGUGACCCACCCCAGCCACGAAAUAUGGUGCCUUUGCACAUACCUACCAAUUUGUUGGUAACGUUUAAGCCGAUUUAUAAUAUAUUACUUUUUAAAUGUUAUUUUGCAAUUGUAAUGGUUAUUCAUCUACUUUAUUUCAAGAAUUUUAAGAGGCAAUUAAUCGUAAAAUGGAAGCUUUAGCCAGUGUGGCAGCAAGCCAUGGUCAAUGAGAAUAACUUUUGUGGACCACUGAACCAUCCAUGUCUUAGGGACCUGAAAACUGACAUGUGGCUAUGCCAAAUAAACAAGUGCCUUACAACACAGCC